UUAUUCAUACAAUGCAUUCAUUUCAGCAAAAUAUAAAACACAAAAUGAAUUUACUAAACAGUAUUACAUUAAUAGUGAUAUAUUUGCUAAACAUGUGUCACAAAACAGUUAUAUGUGGUCCUUUGGAUACUAUGGUCGACGUUAAGGGAAACAAUGCCAUCAAAGAGAUCCGCAUAUUAUAUCAAUUGUCACAUAAGGAGGAUAUACCGCAAGUGUAUUCAAUAGUGAGGGGUUCGCCACUUCACGCCGAGAUUGAUUUCAUGCCCACUUACAUACCAGCAAACACCCAAUACGUGGCCAUAACUGUAAUCAUACCGGAGUUCACGUGUUUCGGUCGGCAAUACAUACUGGGCUUUCAUCGUGAGAGGUGGCAAAUGCCGGCCUGUCGUCUGUGCACUAACAUCGACCAGAAGUACACAAUGCCUGUCGUGUUAUACUUGGGUCCAGACAGCGGAUGCUAUGAUGGUCGAGUGCCCACGUACUGGAAAGUGGAGGCCAUUCCCUACAACCGGCCGCUGUCUGACAACACGGAUCUGAUCAUCGGUUUGGUCUACGAUAAGGACAAACAGUUGCGGAUUUGUACCACCGAUGAGAAAGAAGAGUGUUUUAACGCCAAAAAUAUAUUUGUCUCAAACACUAGGAGUGGUCGCCGACGAUAGAUCAUUAAGAUAACUAUUUUCAAACAUCAGUCCAUUUGUUAAUUUUAUUUAUUUAUUUAUCACUUUUAAAUACAAGUUUUUUAAU